CAGAGUGCAAGGAGCAAUGGCCACUGUUCCCCAAGUGGCUACGACUCUGACAGUCUGUCCCUCUGAGUCCUCCCAGAUGGAGCCAGCAGAGGAACAAGAUGCAGGAAACCACACCCUGCUGACUGAAUUUGUCCUUUCUGGAUUGUCCAGCCGCCCAGAACUUCAGCACCUGCUGUUCUUCACAAUCUGCUUAGUUUACAGCAUGACUCUCAUGGGGAACCUUCUCAUCUGCAUGGUCACGGUGCACCCCACCCUCCACAUGCCCAUGUACUUCUUCCUCCGCGUCCUGUCCUUCCUGGAUAUCUCCACAGCGUCAGUCGUUGUCCCCAAGAUGUUGGCAAACCUCCUGUCAGAGGACAGGAGCAUCUCCUACCUGGGCUGUGUCACACAGCUCUACUGUGUGGUUUUCUUGGCGGCCACCGAGUGGUACCUGCUGGCAGCCAUGGCCUACGACCGCUACGUGGCCGUGUGCAGCCCCCUGAGAUAUUCUGCCAUCAUGAACACCAGGGCUUGCUUCUCCUUGGUGCUGCUCUGCUGCUGCAGUGGCAAAGUUGUGUCGGUGGUGCAGACAGCCUGGGUGUUCACCCUGUCCUUGUGUGGGCCCAGGAGGAUUGAUUACUUCUUUUGUGACAUUCCCCCGCUCAUCAUGCUCUCCUGCACGGACACCUCGCGCUACGAGAAGCAGCUCAUCUCAGCCACGGUGCUCGUCAUCUUCACACCCUUCUGCCUCAUCCUGCUGUCCUACACCUGCAUCAUCUCCAGCAUCCUGAAGAUUUCCUCUGCAGAGAGCAGACACAAGACCUUCUCCACCUGUUCCUCGCACCUUACUGUUGUGACGCUGUACUGUGCGAGUGGGACUUUGAUUUACUUACAGCCAAAAUCCAGUAAUUCACAAGAUACUAAGAAGAUCAUGGCUCUCAUAUACACAACUGUAAUUCCCACAUUAAACCCCCUGAUCUACAGUCUGAGGAAUAAAGAAGUGAAAGAAGUACUAAUCAGAGUGAUGGCUGUGUUGAUGAAGAAAUAA